AUGCUGUUCCUCAGGAGAGCUCUAUCGUGUGCGGUGCCGCGGCGGAUGGCCCAGGACGCCAUGCGUCCGAGCACAGGUACGAAGGAUGCGUACAAGAGCAUGCUGGCACAGUACUACCCCCAGGAGCUGCUGAAAUCGAUCGAGCUCGGCGAGCAGGCGAUCCCGGACGACGCGGAGUACCGCCUGAGCUCGAACGUGGAGUUUGCGCCGCCGUAUCUGGACGACUUCUCGAAGCUGGACCCGUUCUGGGACUACAAGCCCGGGCUUCCGCACCAGCACGCCGACGGGCCGCUGACUGCGUUCCGGCCGGACCAGCAGCACCAGCCCCUACCAGAGCGCCUGGAGGUGCCGCGCGGCGCGGCGCUGCUGACGACCGGCGGUUCCAACAUGGCGGCAAUUGCGCGCGGGAUUGCGCGCCAGACGGGCCUGGACGCGGAGUACAUCACGCGCAAGCUCGUGAUGCGCCCGCUGGUAGUCAAGCGCGUGUCCAACCAGACCGCCAAGGGCAAGAUCGCGUCGUUCUACUCGCUGGUGGUUGUGGGCGACCGCAACGGCAUGGUCGGGCUGGGCGAGGGCAAGUCGCGCGAGGACGUCUCGGAGUCCAUCAAGAAAGCGCACUGGAACGCCAUCAAGAACCUGAAACACAUCCCCCGCUACGAGAACCGCACCAUCUUUGGCGACAUCGACUUCCGCUUCCACGGCGUCAAGCUGCACCUGCGCUCUGCGAAGCCGGGCUUUGGUCUCCGAGUCAACCACGUGAUUUAUGAGAUUUGCGAGUGUGCCGGCAUCAAGGAUCUCAGCGGGAAGGUCUACAAGUCUAGAAACGAAAUGAACAUCGCCAAGGGCACGCUGGAGGCGCUCACCAAGUCGCAGAAGACCUUGGAGGAGAUCGCCUACAGCAGAGGCAAGAAGUUGGUAGAUGUGCGCAAAGUCUACUACUCCUCCGACUAG